UUUUGUCACAUUUGUUUAGCAAAACCUACCAGAUGUUUUUUUAUUGAUUUGUUUAUUUAAUUUUUUUCAGUUUGUUUUUUUAUUGUUGUUUUCAGACUAUAGAAGUUUAACAACAUCUUUUUGUUUUGAACUGGAAUUGUUUUAGUAAUAAUGUCAUCACAAUUAAAACUUGUGCAAUAUGUUGUAGUUCGAAGAGAUUUAUUGGAUUCUUUAAAAUGGCCAUUUGGUGCAGUUAUUACACAGGCCUGUCAUGCAUGCACAGCAAUUGUACAUAUGACAUACAACGAUGAACAAACUCAAAUGUAUUUAGCUGAUCUCGAUAACAUGCAUAAAGUUGUUCUUGAGGCAAGCGGCCAAGAGCAAAUUGAAAAUCUUGCCAAAAAACUUGAAGAAAAUAACAUUGCUUUUAAAUUAUGGAUAGAACAACCGGAAAAUUACCCAACAUGCCUGGCAAUUAAGCCAUAUCUCAAGGACGAUGUACAUAAAUACGUGAAAAAAUUUAAAUUAUUUAAAUAAAUUUUAUUGGGAAAUAUUGGUAUUUUGUUUAAUUUAA